AUGCUGUACAACAACAAUCAGCAAACAGAGUGCCCACAUUGUGACAAAGCCUGUUACAAGACUAGUGAGAGAAGCCAAGAUGCUGGUGAGAAUCCAAUUCCUGCCAGCACAAUGAUACAGCUUCCUCUGGGUAGACAGCUUGCAGUUGCUUUAGCCAAUGACCACACCAGAAAAGAGAUGUUGUAUUGCCACCAUCAUACACAAAAGGCUGAUGGCAGCAUUUCCGAUGUCUUUGAUGGACAGGCAUACCAGUCAAAGAAGCAUCUUUUCUCGGGUGAAAACAACAUUGCCAUUUCACUGUCUGUUGAUGGGUUUGCUCCCCAUAGUGUUCCAGGUUUGGUAACCAUUGUCUACAUUACCAACCUCAACACUGGAAAAAUAACAAUAAAUACACACCGGGAUAUUCAGGCAUACUAUUGUGAAUAUUCCGCAUUUUACAGUGGGGUUUUGCCUAUUUCCACUGGUACCAAAGCUGAUCUGGUUACAUGUGCACAGACCUGCUAUCUACAAGUAUAA